ACAUAAUGCUGUCUUUGCUCAAAUAUUCUCAACAGAACUUGGCGCAGCUGCAUUUGACAGAUUGAUUUACUUGUUAAAACACACAGUAUCUUGCUGAGCUCGGCACCAAUCGCGCAAACUACGAUACCGACGGGACCAUGGUACAUUGGGCACUUGGAGAUCUGUUCCUGAAGGACUAUGGCCACCAAGGGAGCAUCCAGAAACUCUGGACGGAGCGAUGGCAGUUUCCGUGUAAACUCGGGGUGUACCCAUUCCACGACGGAAAGUACGAGGAUUUCGAGUCAAUCUUCACCCAACUCGUCAGGGACGGCAUAAACGACCCGUACGAUGACGCGUGGUGUAACGCUUUUCUACCGAUUGCUCGGCGGCUCGUGUCUGAAGCCGGUACCGCAGAGUCAGCAGACAAACAGAAGGCAAUUGAACUGUACAAAAGAGCUUGUGCAGUAUACCGCAUUUCCCGAUUCCCGUACCUCAAUCACUCCCCACUGAAGACACAGGCGUUUGAAGAGCAGAAAAAAGCGUACAUGCAGGGUGCGAGGCUCUGGGAUGUGCCGAUGAGAGAAGUCAUAAUCCCGUUCAAGCAUAAAGAAGAAGGAGAUAAGCCGGACAUUCCGCUGUAUACAAGGACCCCUGCAAGUGCAACGAACGAUAAGCCCGCACCUGUGGUACUCUUGGUCACAGGCCUAGAUGGCCAUCGACCUGACAAUACAGAGCGCACUCAGGAGCAUCUUAACAGGGGCUGGGCUACGGUCAUUUGUGACAUACCAGGAGUGGCCGACUGCCCCGUCAACAAGCGGGAUCCCAACGCGUCAGAUCGCUACUUUGACACGAUUUUGGAAUACAUCGCGUCUGUUCCGGAGUUUGAUAAUCGAAAGGUCAUAGCGUGGGGUCUGUCUGCUGGUGGAUACUACGCCAUCAGGCUAGCACAUACGCACGCUUCAAAGCUCGCCGGUGCCGUCGGACACGGCGCCGGGACACAUCACUACAUCGGCAAAGAGUGGCUGGAACACGUCCACCACCACGAAUACCCGUUCUCGCUGAAAGAAGCGUACCUGGGCAAGUAUGGCUACGAGAGCUGGGAAGAGCUGCUCGAGAAAUGUCAGAAGGACUACUCUCUCGUGCUGAACAAAAUCGUAGACAGGAAGAGCUGUCGGCUGCUGCUGAUCAACGGUGUCUUGGAUGGCUGCAUGCCCAUAGAGGACAGCUCCCUUCUGGCAGAGUACGGGAGUCCAAAGGAGUUCAGGUUCAUCCAAGGACGCGCACACAUGGGCUACCCGGAGGCGAACACGUAUGUCUUUCCGUGGCUCGAACAGGUCAUGAACACAACCUCGUCCGCAGAGUAGGCAAGAAACCAAGCAUCUGUUAUUCAGCAGGGUAGGAAGAGAAAAAAGUGCGACGUAGCAGGUGUUCGUUUUCGAAAUCUAUCGCGCCCUGAACUCGUAAAUAAAGAGAAAAUAAACCCCCAAAAUGAUAAACCCUCAAGAGCAUCCUCG